CCAAGAAUUUCCUACCGUUUUUUUUCUUUUUUGUCAAUGUCAGAAUCCACAUCGAAUUGGGCUGCACACACAAAUCGCCCACUCGCCCAUGACCAUGGGGGUGGUACUACCAGCCCACCUCAAAGUGGUCUCAACACACCCUCCCUUCGCAGUGGCGCACGGACGCCGGAUCCGCUGCUCUCUGCGCUUCGUAGCGCCAAUGGUUCCUUCCUCUCCAGCGCCCAACAGACUCCUGGAUCAAUGACACCCCGCACGCGGCAAAGAUAUGACCUAAAACGCGCGGCAUUAAUCCAAGACCUUGAGUCCCACGACCAAAAAAUGGAAUCCCGCGCUCUCGAUCGCCGCUUGCGGCACGAGCUUUUUAUGGACAAGCUCCGUAAAGACGAAGAACGCUUUGAGCGGAUUCGAGCACGAAGGCUGUUGGCUGACUCAGAGCGACGCAAACGGGAAGAACAAGAGUUUGCCAACCGAGAACGGGAGGUGGAGAAUGUUCGGAUUGCUUCGAGGACGUCCUCUGCGGCGGCUUUGUCUCCACAGGCUAGCUUGGAGAGUUUGUCGGCAUCUAAUACCUCUUUAGCGAGGAGUAUGGAGAGGUUGGAUCAGAAUGGGCCCCGGGGAAGUGUCACUGGCGAGGCCAAAGCUUCCGUCCAAGCCGCCAACGAUCUACAAUCCUUUCAAAACGAACGUCGUCUCAAGAAGCUUGCCAGACAGAAAGCCGAGGAGGAGCGCAAGCGAUUGCAAAGCGUAGUACGCAAGCGGGCUGAGGAAAGUAUUGAAAACGAGUUUGGAGAGGCUGGGGAGGACAAUGGAGACGUCGGACGUCUCAGUGUAGGUGUGCGAGCGGAAUCAACUACAGUUAGCGACGCGGGCAAAGUCAUUUCUAAAGAAGGCGUAAGGGCGGGCGAAGACCGAGGGACACCAACUGGGCGAGUACAGGACCGGAGAGAUGUUGGGCGCGAAAAAGAUAGCCAGGAAUUAAAACGGGAGAACAUCAAAAGAGAUUAUCCCGAGCAGACAGAAGUCAGGCGAUAUCAGCGUGGGGAGGUUAAUCGUGAUAUGACUCGUGAAAGCUUUGACUCCGAACGCCGUGACCGCGGGGCCACGAUAGGGCUUGUAACCAAGCCUGAGGAAGUCCAACGACACACCCCCCACGAGGACACUCCAUCAAAACGCCGUGAAGUUGAUAGCGUGGGACAUAAAGAAAGUAGACAUGCGGUUGACAAUAUCCGACGGAAUCAAGUUCGUGAAGAUGCGGAUUCUCUCCGACGUGAGCGAACGGAUAUACGCCCGGCAACCGAUCGCGGAGGCCUCCAGCCCAUACACCGGAACAAUGACGAAUCCGCAAGAGAUGAUGUUAAACCCUCACAACAGCGGACUAGCGAUCAGCUCGCAGAUGUUGGAUUGAGAGAGGAAGAGCUGGAUGCUAAAUAUUCCAGAUCCAACAAUCGCGAUAUACAGGAGGAUGCAGAUGUUCAUCGAGAAGAGGGAAAAUCUCUCAGCAUUGAAGAAAAACGAGAAGAGAGUGGAAGGGAAGCAGCGGCUGUGGCCGUAGUUGAGGUGGUCCAGAUUGAGACUGCACUUUGUGAAGUCUUAACAGAUGAAGCGGUCAGGAGUACAUCAAAGCCAAUAGACGUCCAGUCUGAAGAUGCUGGAGUUGCGCUACCCCCAGAUCUGGACACUGCGGAUAACGCACCUACAUUUUCCGAUGCGAACAAUUUAGAGGGUGCGCCUGAUGAACUGUCAAGUGAAUUUGCUUCUGUUCCAACUAGAAACCAGAGAGAUGUAGAAGAAGCUGUACAGGUCGGAGACAAGGAUGAGCAAUUUUCAGGGCGAAGUGUAGAUGAGGAUAUACUGGGCGUUCAAAAUCCGGAAGCUGAUCGACAGCGGGCGAAAACAGGCUCUGGUUUAUACGACGAGCAAUCAGAAGAAGCAGCGGUGGCUGUUGCAGAGCCAUCGGCGAUUGAGCGUACUUCGGGCGGAGAAAACAUUUCGACACCCAAAGAUGCCGAUUAUUCUAACGUACCUACAUCUCUGGUCAUCGAAUCUGUGGCUGAAACCGUCCAAAUUACAGGAGACAACAAAGAUGCACCUGUGCCGAUAUCUCUGAGCAAUGAAAAUGACAACUCUUUGGACGCUGCGGUGAAAGACAGUGAAACGGGCACGCAAGAAGCAAAGAAAGAGGAAGUCGGAAAUGGGAACAGGCAGCAAGUAUUACAUGAAUCAGUGGCGCAAGCUGAUAUGCAGUACGACACUGAGAAUGCAUCGGCACAGGAGAACAUCCCCAUAUCUAGGAGGUUUUCGGAGGCAAAGCAGCCGCAGAUCAAAGCAAACCUUCGGAUUAAGGUACCUCACCGACGCACGCCCAGCAUCGACCACCUUCGUCACAAGGCAGAAUCAGCCCGUCGCUUAGCCAGCCCGACCGACGACGUCACGUCUCCAACAGAUCAACCGCCAAGCUCUUCGAAUUCACCUACCGGCUCUACUUUCCCUCGAUUGUCCAUUACAUCCAUGACACCCACGACCGCCAUCAACCUCAGUCCGGAUGACGUGACUGGUCCGCCUCGGUCGCGGACUCCGUCUGUUCGGGAGCGAAUACAGGCACUGACUUCAUCCGCGGCGCCGCCUGCGCCAAAAGUAUCUGUACCUGCUCCCACCCAAACACGAAACCUCACCCCAACCUUCAGCCCCUCGCUCACCCCCGCCAGAACUCCGACGACACCAACACGUACUCGCCAAUCCAGCACAGCCUCCCAAACAGCUAUGAAGAGACCGGUUCAGACAGAACUAUACCUAGUAAAAGGCAAAAGGAAGAUGUACCUUACCCGUGUCCCGAUUGAAGUGGAGACGUUAAACCAUGGGGAUGUCUUUGUCCUUGUUGUUCCUAAAGUGGACGACGGUGAAGCUCACAGUGCCACGAUUUUGGUAUGGUCAGGCAAGGAUGCAGGAAAGGUCAAGAGGGCAAAGGGAAAAGAGAUUGGGAUGAGAAUGAAAGAUAAAGAAUGGGGAACACACGCUGUCGUUAGUGUUCUUGAGGACGGAGUAGAUUCACCUGAUGCAGAGAUGUUUUGGAAAGUUUUAACUAACGGAGCGCGUACCACACCAGUCGAUAACAUCAAAGCCGCCGAAGAGGGGGGCGAUGAUGUGGAGCACGAGAAGAAAAUUGAACGGCAUAUGUACCUCUAUGGGGUCAAUAAAAAUACGUCCUCGGUAACAUCGAUCACACCACCCGGUAAGCCCCUCUCAUCCAAGAUCCUGCAGAAAGGCACAACCUACAUCCUCGACUGCUACACCGAAGUUUAUAUCUUGAGCGGACGGAACGCAUCCGACGCGGAAAGAACGCUCGCGUUGAAUUUCACAGAAGACCUGUCCAUUAACCAGGACCGGCCCUUCACGGCUACGACGUACUUUGAGCGAGAGGGGUUUGAGAGCGUAGCGUUUCGAGAGAGGUUCUAUGAUUGGCCUGAGGAGAGUGGAAUUGAGGUUAGGAAAUUGACCAAUGUAGUUGCUAAGGAUAAAACAUGGGGUGUUUACGAUCGGGGUGGGGUGGAUGUCAAGAAAGUUGAAAAGAUCAACGUACAGAAUAUGUUCAUACCACCUCCACCCCCGGCCAGUUGGGGUACGCCAAAUGGCCAAGAGGAAGAAGACAUUGGUGGUCCGCCAGCUCCUGAGAUGGAUCGUGGAUGUUUGGAAUUGAAGGUUUGGCUGGCCCAACCGCACGAAACUGACAGCAAAGUCGAAAUAGCACCCUCGGAACACGGCAUCUUUUACGCCGAAGAAAGUUAUCUGAUUCUCUACCGACAUUUGACGGGCCGAGACGGGAAUGAAAAGGAGGCUGCCAUAGCAUACUUUUGGAUUGGAUCCGAAUGCAAGAGUACGGACCAAGCUGCGGCUGCCUAUCUGGCAACCGAUCUUGAAAAGCAACAUAAAGCCCGUCAGAUCCGUGUCACGCAGGGUAAAGAGCCAUCACAUUUCCUGGGCAUUUUCAAGCAUCCUGUUAUUGUCCGCCGAGGAACUAGAGCGGAGUUUGGGACGAGUGAAAAGGCGUUGUAUCAUGUCAUGGGUUUUGAGAAGGGGCUGGUACGAGUCAUUGAGGCUGUUUGGAAUCCCUCCUCCCUAUCCUCCGCGAAUAGUUUCGUUCUUAACCUGAAAGACAAAGUAUUUAUCUGGCAUGGCACAGGUAGUUUCCCGUUCGAACGCGAUAUGGCGGAGCGCGUUGCCCAACGGAUAUGUGACUCGAAACCCAUUACGACAUUGGAAGAACUACAAGAACCCAAAGUGUUCUGGCAAAAGCUUGGGGGAAUUGAUAAAAAGUCCCAUAACCAUCAGCAGGAUUAUGCUUCGAUGCCAUAUUUGGCCAAGAAGAAGGAGCUGGAGGGAUCUUACACGUGUCGCCUCUUUAGAGUAUCGCAUAUUGUUCAUGGAAAUCCAACAGCUGAAGAGAUCGACCCUUUCGUACAAUCCGACUUGGAAAACACCGGUGUAUAUAUUCUCGAUGCCUUUUUUGAGAUUUACAUCUGGGUGGGCGCAGAUGCGAAAUCCAAUUACAGGGACGUCCGAUUAGCCUUAGAGACUGGCUUGGAUUACGCAGAUUACGUCUCAGCGCGCCAGCAAAUGCGGAACUUGGAUCGGACAAAAGUUCGAUUCGUUCGGUCUGGUUCCGAACCAGCUGGCUUUAAGGCGGCGUUCCUUGCUUUCGAGGAUGGAAGCGAAGAUAUUGCUGGAUCUACUGGAUUUUUGAAUAAACUAAAAUCUAAAACUGGAAGAAAGAAGCGUGAACCUCAGGAAGAAUCUGCCAUUGAUAUUCUUGAAAAGUUCAACAAGGCUGUUUACAGUUUCGACGAAUUAAAGAAAAAGGAUGAUCUGCCUUUAGGUGUUGAUCCCGCUCACGUUGAGAUAUAUCUUUCCCAACCCGAUUUCCAGAAGCAUUUCAAGAUUGAUAAAGUGACAUUUUCAUCCUACCCUGCUUGGAAGCAAGCAGAAAUGAAAAAAAGAGCUGGUCUUUUUUAAAUGAACCGAUGCUUUUACUAUAUGAUGUGUUGUAAUUUGGUAAAUGUAUUUGUAAUAAACUACCUUUUUAAGAGC